AUGUCAGUGGAAGAGCUCAGGAGUAUGACGAAAUUUCGGUGCUCGGAAGGGGUUAAGGAGGCACUGAUCACGAUUCCCUCCAAGGAAGAUAUUAAAGGUAUCUUUUUCUCUAUGCCGAAGAGUAAAGCUCCAGGGCCAGAUGUGUUUCCUGUGGAGUUUUUUUGGGAGACUUGGAGCGUAGUGGGGAAUGAUUUGAUUCAGGCAGUGAAGGAGUUCUUUCAAGGUGGUAGGAUGCUGAAAGGGUUCAAUGAGAUAGCCAUAUCGCUCAUUCCGAAGGUAGUGGGGGCAGAGAAGCUAAAUCUGUUUAGACCUAUCUCUCUCUGCUCUACUAUCUAUAAGGUAAUAGCGAGGGCAAUGGAGAAAAAGCUCCAGCUAGUGGUUGAGGAUAUAGUUCAAAGGAACCAGUUCAUUGGUUGGUUCAAGGAAUGUACUACAACCCCAACAUACUCUGUGAUCGUUAAUGGUGAGAUGAAUGGUCACUUUCAAGGGAAGAAAGGGUUGAGGCAAGGAGAUCCAAUAUCAUCACUUUUGUUUGUAAUGGCCAUGGACGUGCUCUCCAAGAUGCUAGUUCUGAGGAGUUUCUUUAUGAUGUCAGGAGUUGGCAGCGAGAAUGGGAAUCAAGCAAGGGUCCUUACCCAUUUGAUACUUGGGAGUCCCGCUGUCUUCAAAGAAAAUGAAGAAGAGCGUCUUUCAACCACUCCGCAGAGAUCUGACAGUUGGAUUUGGAAGAGUCUCUGUAACUUGAGGCAUAUUGCUCGACCUAUAAUAAUAUGCGAAGUAGGCAAUGGAAAUUUAGCUCGUUUCUGGCACAACAACUGGACAUCUCAUGGCCCCUUGAUUGACUUAACGGGACCUAGAGGGCCAGGAGUCACUGGUCUUCAUGUGGAUGCGGUUGUUGCGGAAGCGUUGCGUGACGGGAAUUGGUGA